AACACGCGUUGUGCACGGGCCUUUGGCACGUGUUCUCGCGCAUGUAGGCGUUAAUUCAAUGCGCUGGGGGGGAAUGUGCGCGCGAUGCUGGUGGCCCUCGGCCCGCUCGCGCAGGCGGCGGCGGCUGGCGCUGCUGCUGGAGGAGGAAGUCCCCAGGUCGUCGCGGCGGCGGUUGCGGCGGCGAUCCGCACUGGCGUGAAGGUGCUGACCAAGCCAGCCCCGUCGCCCCACAUCGUGCAUGGCGACAACGUGCACGAGUACGAGGAGAACCAAGUCGCGGACGUCAGUGGUUCCGACGAGGUGCGCAAGGAGGUCGACGCGCGCCUUGGCAUGGCGCGGCCCUUCCUCACCCGCAAGGUCGAGCAGAGGAGCGUGACGCCGUGGCGGAAGCCGUACAGGAACGUGGCGCUGAAGGACAGCCUUGGCGCUGGGGUUGACAGCCUCCCCAGGACCGCGCUGGAGGACAAGCGUCGCCAGCGUGGAGGGCGGCGCCGUCUGCAAGCCCUGGACAAGACCCACUGCGAGUCAGAAAAUAACAAGGCCAGGGAUGAGGUGAAGAAGUUGGCUGCGAUCACGGACGGCCCCGUGAAGCACAUGGAUGCGACAGCCUCCACGGCGAAGGCCCAGAUGAUCGUGGAGACCGAGAAGGUGGAGGCCCAACCUGGCCUGUGGCUUCGGGGGCUCCGUGUCGCAGGUCGCGCACGCGGGCAUCUCGUCCCUGGUCCAGUACGGCCUGGCCCGCAUCGCGACGGUUGCCAGGUAGUACGACGUCACGCAGCAGGCGGCCGUUGGCGUCCAGCGGGUUAAGACCGCCUUGGCGCAGGCGGAGGCCUGGCUCGACGCGGCCGCUGAUGAAGUUGUCGACGACGUUUCGGGCAUGGAGAGGGACGAGCGCAUUGCGUUCGUGGCGACGCUCGGCCUCCCGUCCUAGAAGGCGGCCAUGUCGUGAGUGCCGCGGAGGCUCGCGCCCUCUUGCGACGCUCGUGCUUCGGCGCGGAGGCUCGUGCCCCUCCUGCGCUCCGCCUGGCGGGCGGAGGCUCGCGCUCCUCCGCCGCCGGGGCCUUUUCGCGCGGAGGCUCGCGCUCCUCCCGCGCCACGCUGCUGUCGCGGAGGCUCGGAUUCCUCCCUUCGCAUGCGUCCUGGGAUUGAGGAGGUUCGCGUUCCUCCUGCGACCCCAGGGGCUGCAGAAAUUCCGCAGGUGGUCGCGAGUCACUCACCCAGCCUGCGAGCGCGGG